AUGGCCCCUUCUAAGGUCUUUUCUCUUGAAGGCAAAGGCCUCAAGCUGGACACUGCUGAGGAUGUUGAAGCCCAUAUUGCACCUCUGAUCGAGAGCGCUGAUUACACUGAAAUCCGCCUGGGUGGCAAUACUUUCGGCGUGACAGCCUGUGAGCGUUUGGGUGCCGCCUUUUCCACCCAGAAGAACCUCGAAGUCGCUGAACUUGCCGACAUCUUCACUUCGCGUCUGAUUGAAGAGAUCCCCAUCGCGUUGACUCACCUUUUGAAUGCGCUCCUUGAAAUCCCGACGCUUCACACCGUCAACCUUUCCGACAAUGCCUUCGGCAAGCGGACCUCGAAGCCCCUCGUCGACUUCCUCUCUGCCCACGUUCCUUUGCGCCACCUGAUUCUGAACAAUAAUGGUAUGGGUCCUGAUGCAGGUGUGGAGAUUGCUGGAGCACUGGAGGAGCUCGCAAAGCGUAAGGAGGAGGCCCGCAAGGCAGGAAAGGAGGUCCCUCAGUUGGAGAGCAUUGUCUGUGGCCGGAACCGACUGGAGAAUGGAAGUAUGGCAGCGUGGGCACGUGCAUACGAGGUGCACGCCGCAGGAAUGCGCUCAGUGAAGAUGACCCAGAACGGUAUUCGUCAGGAGGGUGUCUCCCUGUUGUUGAGGGAGGGUCUCCGCCACGCCAGCAACCUUGAGGUCCUUGACUUGCAGGAUAACACCUUCACCCUCAUGGGCUCUACUGCUCUCUCUGAGGUGCUUCCAGGAUGGACUUCCCUGCGCGAGCUCGGUGUCGGUGACUGUUUGCUCUCCGCUCGUGGUGGUGUUAAGGUUGCGCAGGCUUUGGCUGGUGCCAAGAACGCGAAGUUGGAAACACUUCGUCUGCAAUAUAAUGAUAUCACAGCCGAGGGUGUUAAACAGUUCUUGCAUGCGACAAAGACCGCACUGCCUUCGUUGCGCCGAAUUGAGUUGAACGGUAACAAGUUUAUGGAGGAGGACGACAACGUCAAUGAGUUGCGCGAGAUCCUAGAGGCUCGUAAGGAAGAGCACGGCAAGGAUGAUGACCCGGAGGAGAUGUGGGGUGUGGACGAGCUGGAUGAGCUCGAAGAGGAGAGCGACGAGGAAGAAGAGGAGGAGGAGGAAGAGGAGGAAGAAGAGAAGGCCGAGAAGUUCGUGAAAGACAAUGCUCAGGCCGAAGAGGCCAAGGUCUCUCAGAAGCAGGACAAGGAAGUUGACGAACUUGCCGAGGCUCUGGGAAAGACUGGUCUGUAA